ACUGAACACGGCUCUAUGUGGAUCUGUCUCUGUAAAAGCUUCACUUUUUAAUGGAUGAAGAAUAAGAAGUUCUGAAGUUAAAAGUGCAAAAAGAAUGGAUCAUCAGGAGGACGGACAGAGAAGCCAGCCCAGACCAAGACCAGGGCCUGGACCAGUCCUUGAACCUAGGCUUGAAGUGAAACCUGGACCUGUUCUUGAACCUGGACAUGAAGUGGAACCUGGACCUGACCCUGAACCUGGACCCAGACCUUUUCUUGAACCUGGACAUGAAGCGGGACCCAGCUGUGUGUCCAUGAAGAGUGACAAGUCCAUUCCACAAGGGGUAGAUUUUACAAGUGGACAUGUUGCAGAAACAGAUCCAGACCAUACUAACAAAAAACCCAAACCUGGACCCAAGUUGGUACCUGGACCAGAACCCACCUGUUUGUCCUGUAGGAGUGAUAACUCCAUGGAUCACAGGAUGACAUUUAAAAGAGUGCAGCAGCAGAGCUCAGAGGUUCCUACUGACCCUAGUCAUCAGACUCACCUGGACUCAGUAUUUAAGCUGCUGGAAGAGAACAUCUGCGCUUUUGUCAAGAACGAGCUGCAGAAGUUCCACAAGGUUCUGAGUACAGAUUACCCAGAAAGCUUAGAGAGUGUGAAGGAUGAUGAUGAAAAGCAGAGGAGGAGCUCAGAGGCUUUCCUGGAGAUCACACUGCACUUCCUGAGGAGGAUGAAGGAGGAGGAGCUGGCUGAGCGUCUGCACAACAGAAGUCAUUCUGGAGUUCAGCAUAAACUGAAACAUAAUCUGCAGCAGAAGUUUCAGUGUGUGUUUGAGGGCAUCGCUAAAGCAGGAAAUCCAAAAUCCCUCCUGAACCAGAUCUACACAGAGCUCUACAUCACAGAGGGAGGGGCUACAGAGGUCAACCAGGACCAUGAGGUCAGACAGAUUGAAACAGCAUCCAGGAACCCACACAGACCACCAACAACCAUCACAUGUGAAGACAUCUUUAAAACACCACCUGACAGAGAUCAACCAGUCAGAACAGUGCUGACAAAGGGCGUGGCCGGCAUCGGGAAAACAGUCUUAACACAGAAGUUCAGUCUGGAUUGGGCUGAAGACAAAGCCAACCAAGACAUCCACUUCAUAUUUCCGUUCACCUUCAGAGAGCUGAAUGUGCUGAAAGACAAGAAAUUCAGCUUGGUGGAACUUGUUCAUCACUUCUUCACUGAAACCAAAGAAGCAGGAAUCUGGAUCUUUGAAAAUGUUAAGGUGGUGUUCAUCUUAGAUGGUCUGGAUGAGUGUCGACCUCCCCUGGACUUCAACAACACUCAGAUCCUGACUGAUGUCACAGAGUCCACCUCAGUGGAUGUGCUGCUGAUGAACCUCAUCAGGGGGAACCUGCUUCCCUCUGCUCGCCUCUGGAUAACCACAAGACCUGCAGCAGCCAAUCAGAUCCCUGCUCAGUGUGUGGACAUGGUGACAGAGGUCAGAGGGUUCAAGGACCCACAGAAGGAGGAGUAUUUCAAGAAGAGGUUCAGAGAUGAGGAGCAGACCAAGACAAUCAUCUCCCACAUCAAGACGUCACGAAGUGUCCACAUCAUGUGCCACAUCCCAGUCUUCUGCUGGAUCACUGCUACAGUUCUGGAGGACGUGUUGAAGACCACUGAGGAAGCACAGCUCCCCAAGACCCUGACUGAGAUGUACAUCCACUUCCUGGAGGUUCAGACCAAAGUCAAGAACAUCAAGUAUGAUGGAAGGUCUGAGACAGAUCCACACUGGAGUCCAGAGACCAGGGCGAUGAUUGAGUCUCUGGGAAAACUGGCCUUUGAGCAUCUGAAGAAAGGAAACCUGAUCUUCUAUGAAUCAGACCUGACAGAGUGUGGCAUCGAUAUAAGCUCUGCCUCAGUGCACUCAGGAGUGUUCACACAGAUCUUUAUAGAGGAGAUAGGACUGUACCAGGACAAGAGGUUCUGCUUCAUCCAUCUGAGUGUCCAGGAGUUUCUGGCUGCUUUUCAUGUCCAUCAGACCUUCAUCAACACUGGAGUCAAUCUGCUGUCAGAAGAACAAACCACACCCCAGAGCUCUGGAUCUGCAGAGACACAGUUCUACCAGACUGCUGUGGAGAAGGCCUUACAGAGUCCAAAUGGACACCUGGACCUGUUCCUCCGCUUCCUCCUGGGUCUAUCACUGCCAGCCAAUCAGAGUCUCCUACAUGGCCUGCUGAAACAGACAAGAAGUAGCUCAGAGACUGAAAAGAAAACGGCUGAGUACAUCAAGACGAUGAUAAGUGAGAAACUGUCUGCAGAGAAAAGUAUCAAUCUGUUCCACUGUCUGAAUGAACUGAAGGACCAGUCCCUUGUAAAAGAGAUCCAACAGUUCCUGAGUUCAGGACGCCUCAAUACAGAUAAACUGUCUCCUGCCCAGUGGUCAGCUCUAAUCUUCAUUUUAUUAUCAUCAGAAAAAGAUUUGGAUGUGUUUGACCUGAAGAAAUACUCUGAUUCAGAGGAGGCUCUUCUCAGACUGAUACCAGUGGUCAAAGCCUCCAACAAAGCUCUAUUGCGUGGUUGUAACCUGUCAGAGGCAAGCUGUGAAGUUUUGUCUUCAGUUCUCAGAUCCCAGUCUUCUAGUUUGAGAGAUUUGGAUCUCAGUAACAAUGACCUGAAGGAUUCAGGACUUAAGAUACUGUGUACUGGACUGGAGAGUCCAGACUGCAAACUGGAGAUUCUCAGACUGUCAGGAUGUCUGAUCACAGAGGAAGGAUGUUCUUCUCUGGUCUCAGCCCUAAAGUCCAAUCCGUCCCAUCUCAGACUGCUAGACCUGAGCUACAACCAUCCAGGAGACUCAGGACAAGAGCUGUCUGCUGCACUGGAGGAUCCACACUGGGCACUGGACACUCUCAGGUUGGAGCCCAGUGGAGUCCGAUGGUUGACACCAGGUCUCAGGAAGUAUUACUGUGAACUAACACUGGAUCCAAACACAGCGAACACAAAACUCAAACUGUCUGAAAACAACAAGAAGGUGGUGUAUGUGGAAGAGGGUCAGCCCUAUCCUGACCAUCAGGACAGGUUUGAGUGUCCCCAGCUGCUGUGUUCAACUGGUCUGAUUGGUCGCUGUUACUGGGAGGUUGAGUGCAGUGGAGAGGUCAACAUUGCAAUGACUUACAGAGGAAUCAAAAGGAGAGGAGUCAGUUUUGACUGUGUGUUUGGGUUAAAUGAUCAGUCCUGGAGACUGAAGUGCUGUGGUGGUCGUUACUAUGUCUGGCAUAAUAACAAACCAACAGCCCUCUCUCAGUCCUCCUCCUCCUCCUCUGGUACAGUAUCAGUGUAUCUGGACUAUCCUGCUGGAUCUCUGUCCUUCUACAGAGUCUCCUCAGACAAACUGAUCCACCUCCACACCUUCAACACCACAUUCACCGAACCACUGUUUUCAGGGUUUGGGUUGAGUUCUGACUCCUCGGUGUCUCUGUCUGAUCCGUCAGAUGAGGAAUGUCCUUGAGUAGAUCAUCACCCUGAUCAUAGCAUUCUAUAAGUGUAUUAGACAAAACACAGCUUUGAGAAAAUUACAUGAAACAAAAACUAUAAAUCUCCUGAUGCUAGAUCUGCCUAUAAGUGUUUUUCAGAUUCACUGAAUACAGUUUAACAAAUGCUGUCCUAGUGUUUCACUACUGUGUCUAAAUACAGUCAAAUAGCAAGUCUUGGUUUACCUCAGGAUUACAUAAAUCAUGUAGGAUGAAAAAUAACAUGUCCGAAACCUCUAAAUUUAAGUAAGUGUGUAUAAAAAAAUAAUUAUAAUCACCCUCAGGAAACUGGCCAAAAUGAUUUUUUUAUUCACAGAAAUAAGGAAUUGUCAAACAGUAUUAAACACAGCUGUUUAACAGUCAGCUGCUUCAAAAAAACUGGGAAAACUUGAGUUUCCCUCAAGUUUUUGACAACACAAAAUUAUUCACUAAACCUUGUGAUAUUGCAGGUGUGUGAAUUUGAAGAACUAUUCUUAAUACAGAGGAAUAUAUUCAGGGUGUGGGGGGAUUAGGGGGCAUGCCUCUCACCCAGAAGGACUGUGGGUAGGGGGGCGUGGUUUGGCGCUCUGGUUUUUCUGGUGCAUUUGUUCCUGUGUCAGAGCUGGUUUGGUGGUUAAGGAAUAAAUGUCAAACUCACCUAUGGCUCCUGUGUUUCCUCAUCCUGCCACAACGGUAUGUUUCACCCUCAUUUUUAGUUUUACUAAAACCAAUCAUAAUGACAUUAGAAAAAGUAUUCCUCUUUACAAGCCUGAUGAUGCCAGUCUCUUUACAAAUGACCGACCUGUAUCAUUAUUGCCUAAAUCUUAGACAUAUUUACAAAAGAAUCUUUCAGCAUUUAGAUUUAAACAUAAUGAAUAAUCAUCAAUAUGUUUUGUUUUUUUGUUUUUUUUGGGGGGGGGGACGCACCGGUCUGUAUUCAUAAGCAAAUUAUAACAAUUUGUUUUGUUUUGUUUUUUUGCCAGCAUGAUUUAUUGCUUUGUUUUUACAACCAGUACAAGUAUUGUAUUUGUUUGAGUGGUCAUCAGUUUGUUUGAAGUUGUGUUACCUUUUAUUAUUCUCAUUAAAUCUCACUUUGACAUCAAUAUUUACUCAAAGAGUACUUAACAUACAGUAUGUUUAUUAUAUUUCAAACAUUAUUUUGUUAUUGCUGUUCAUGGUCAGUUAUUUGUGAGUACUGUGGUUAUUUUCUAGUAAUUUAUGCAUGCUUGAUAUUUUUUAUAAACCUCUUUAUGUUUUAUUGUCUCAUCCACACAGUUUACUGUAUUUUGACGUAAAUCUUCCUUCCUUUUCUUGUAUUGUGCAAACAAAAAUAAAUAAUAAUCACAAAACUGUCCCCUAGAGGUUAAAUCUAAAGGAAGAAAAAUAUUGGGCUAAGUACUGAACCCUGAGGAACUUAAUACAUCAGAACAGGAGACUAUGAUGUUUAAUUAUUUACAAGACUCACUGCAUUUUAAGAGAAAGGUGAGAUAUUUAGCCAUACAAUGACCAAUACCUAAAAUAUAAGGUGAGGUUGAAAUAUAGGGUGAUUUAUUCUGUCAGAAUCAGUGCACAGAUAUGAGAUGCAGAGAAGUUUUAUUAGGGUCAAUUUAUAACCUGUAAUUUACAACUUUUGGUAAGAACCUAAAGCCUCAUUGAUAAGACUAGAAAGGAAUCUUAUGCUAUAGGUGGGAUGGUGUUAGGGUCCAGUUAUGGUUAAAGGUCAGGCUGUUUUGCAGUAGGUUUAUGGUUGGCCAUUCAUAUUUGUCGUGCUUAAAGUAGUUAAAAUAUUGUUCUGUAUGCCAUUGUUCUUUAUGUAACACCUGAGGCUAAAUAUUUAAAACAAAAUAAAAGGAGUGUUUUUUCUGUUUUGUUUUUUUUUUGUCUGUAACCCUUCUCUUCUGCUUUAACUGCCAUGAAGUAUGCGGUCUUAAAUUACAGCAUACUUGUGGACAAUGUAGGAGUAUGUAUGAUAGGAAUGUACAUGUGUACAUUUAUCUUUACACUGUAAUACAGAGAAAUGUACAUUUAUACAAAUGGAAGAUGUAUACAUGAAAGGAUGCAUCUUGUUUUUAUUGUUGUUUUUUUUCUGUUAUUGUAUGAUGAACUCUCAUACAUUUAUGUAAGGUGAAAGCUAUUCUCAAGGCAAUCUUGUUCUGUACUGUUAAUUUCCUGUCUUUUGUUGAUAAUGGCAAUAA